GCGUCGGCGGCGGCGCGUCCCAACGCGCUAUUUCGCCAAUAGUGCAAUGGCGUCUGUCGAUAGACGCAUCACGUUCGCUUCGCCCGUACGUCGCGAGACCUAGAUACAUUUUUUUUUUGCACACACUAACACACUUGCGACCUUUCAUCAUUUUGAAAAUCGUGUUUUUCGGUGACGAUGUGCUCUGCACUGUCGGUCCAGACUUAGGCAAAAUCACGCAUACGAAGGUGGUACAUGCUAAGUCAGCAAGUUGCCUUCCAUUCGUAUUGGCCAACGAGGAGCUCGACAUCCGAAGAAUAAGGUGCCAUGCGACAGUCCUGUGCUGCUACUGCACCCCCACCACUGCUGAAGCGAACCAGACCGAAAACACCGAACUUAUGACUACUCAGCUAACCCCAAACAAGUGCAAUGGCGGCCACUACAGCUGUUCACCACCGAAGGAAUGCUGUAAUCAGGGGUGCUGUUUCUUGCUGGCCCCCUCCUACAGCCGACCACCAUCCGUACAAACUGGAAAUAUGUUUGCUAAUCCACUUUUUUUAGGACACUGGUAUUUUUGGUUAGCAGUAACAGCCACCAUAGCAGGUAUACUAUGCGCAUGUUCCUUAUGGCGAAAACAUAGCCAGGGCGGGCUGUGCUGCAGAACUGGUUCAAGGCAAAAUCGCGCCUGCUCAGAACCAGAUUCAAUUGGUUCCUGUUACGCGCCUCCGCAAUACACUAGCUGCAACAAUUUCCAGGCACCUCCGCCGCCUUAUUCUGAGGUUACAUCAAAACCUGAUAUGUAUCCUCUAGUUAUCAGUUACAAUCACACAGAGCCAGCAAUCAAAACUAACAAUACGUCUUCGGGAUAUUUAAUGCAGUACUUUAGGAAUUUUAUUAGACCUGUUGGGUCGAUCUCAGCUACUAGCACAAAUGAUUCUAUAAGCUCUAGUUUUUUAUGUAAUGCUGUAAACGAUUCAAAUAACUUAGUUCCGCCAACCUACUCCAACGUUGCUAGUUUGGAAGAGUUAGUUUUGGAACCUCCUCCCCACACUAGCCCAUCCAGUUCGGAGAGAAGGUUGCCACGUAGUGCCUCUUCUGUUUCCAGCGCUACUACAGAGUACCACCAGGUUCUUCAACAUAGCCCCAGUGCCACCUUACCGCCAAAAAAAUCAACAUCUUCAGGAUCGUCGCUGGCUGGAGUUCAUCUACGCACACCGCUACCUAUUUCUUGUCAAAAUUUUAACGGCGCCAGUGCAGCCGUUGGCGUUCAUCAAGGUGGUGCUGUUGUAGCUGAAGGAAUAACAAAAAUAGUUACUCCAAUAAAACCAUAUUCUCCGCCACCUAUAAAAGAACGUCCGAUGCUUAGGCCACGUCGUCCACCACCUCAACGCAGCCAAGACUCUACCGAAGACGAAGAAUUAUUCUCUGCCCUUCUAAACUUAUCAAUUUGUGCACCUAAUUCAGGAGAACAGGCGCAUCCCCAGUCGGUCACUAUGCUACAAGAACUGCACUUUGGAGUAACUAAUAGUAUGACUGGUAGUGACAUCAGCAGUCUAGCUAACCUAGGUACUCCAGAUUCACCACCACGUGCCACAUCACCGACGGUCGAGAUGCGAGAGCUUCUAGAUAAGAUACAACAAUUGCCAGCUCAAAAGAGUCCGCAUCUCCCUCCGAACAGUUCUGGAGCUGCACAAGGGAGAGCGUAUUUCCAUAAGAUGAGGGCGAAAACUUUGUAUAUGCCAUUGGGAGAUGUGCAAAAUGUUAAUUUUGGGAAGAGUCACGGCAAAGCUCUACCUUCUGUUUUCUCUAAAAGAUGGAUUUCUCGUUCAGCUCCCUGCACUCCUUGCGGCCCUCUGGCCCCUACUUUUCCUUCUGGAAGAGGCAGCCAAAAAGGAAGCAAAACGAAAAUAACUGAUGGAAGUCCCUUACUUAAACACCAUGCGGAAGAACCUGAUGAUGGUUGUCAACAUGAUCGAGACGUCUGCUUAUGAUUUUUAAGUCAAAACACACCGAUGUUUCCUUAGUUUUAGGUAAUAUAAUAAGAUGACUUUCUUAUACAAAAUGGGUUUUCAGAAAAUACUCUUUUGGAUGUUACUACAAGUAUAUUAUUCUUAAAAGAGUCAUAGAUUUUAAACGCAAAAUAUGCUGACAGUCUACGAAUAGGCGCUCAAUAAACUUUUUCGAUAAUAUUUUGAUAAAACAGAUUUUAGCAGAGCUGGGUUUGAUUUUUAUAGGAAAAAAUUAUAUUAUAAAAAAAAUUUACAUUUUAGCUAGGGCAUUUAUUGAUAUUAUUACUGUUAUUCGAAUUAUUACUGUACCCACUCCAAUAAUCCCAGUGGCGUAAUAGACGGAUGUAUUAAUUGUUUGGUACACUACUGGAAUUCUUAACAAUAUUGUGAUGGGAGUUAGGACAUUUAAAUUUUUGUGUAUACAUACUUUAACCAUUAUAAAAUUAUUCGGUAUAAUUGUGAAAAAGAUAAUUUAACGAUAUGUUUUAUUUAGGUGUGUUUAGUUUUAUUUGUAUAUACGUUUUUUGGCAUAUUAAUGUGUUUUUUACAAAAGCAUAUUAAAUUGUUGAAAUUAAAAGUCUUAGUACCUAAUAAUAAAAAUAAACUAUUUAUUGUUGUCGAAAUGUGAAUUUACUAAAUUUAAAACUAACAUAUUUUUGAAAAAUGAAUGAUUGACUCUAAGAUUUAAAAAGAAAAGACAUUUUUAUUUACGUAUUAAUUUUAUUUUAGAAAUGUUACGUUAUAUUUUUUAUAUAAAAUGUUAUUAAUAUUUGUUCUACUCUGUGGCCUAACCUAACUUACAUUUGUUGCAGAUUCAUUUAUUUUCUCCAAAAUAAUUGUAAUUUUUUAAUAUUAUUAAAAUAAUUUAAAUAUUA